GAGUUAUUAAGGGAAAGAAACUAUUUCUUGAUGAAUCUUACAUAGCUCUGUAUUUUGCCUUAGUUUUUAGGUUGCAAUGAUGUUUUCAAGAUUCCUGAAAAAAGUACAAAAGAUUGCUCAAUUCAAUAUCUCCUCCAUUGCUCAUCAAAACCAGGUUUCAAGGUCGAAACUUUAUCAUGUUUAUAGUACAGGGAGAUGUUUUCAGAGUGGUAGAUCUGUCUGUGGGGGUAAUUCUUCUUCACGGCAUUGGUCUCAGUCACCCACACGGGUUUUCGGAAAUCGGGUUUCGAGAGCUAUGAAGAAUGAAGCACAAAAAGCUCUCUUUGAUUACUUGCAUUAUACUAGAACUCAUAGUUUUGUUGAUGCAGAUCAUAUAAGUAAGAAUUCUCCUCGUUUUAUUUUGAGUUUGUUGUCCAAGAUCGAUGAUACUCGGAAGGAGGAUAUAUCCCGGGCAUUGACUAAGUUUCUAAGGUAUAAUCCCAUCAACGAGUUUGAACCAUUUUUCGAGAGUUUGGGUUUGCGUCCAUCUGAGAUUCCGCGUUUCCUUCAACGGGACUUGGUUCUUUUGAGUGAUGAUGGUAUCAUGUUUGAGAACUUUCAUGUUCUUUGCUAUUAUGGGAUUCCGCGUGGCAAGAUUGGCCGCAUUUUUAAAGAAGCAAGAGAGAUUUUUGGAUACGAGAAUGGGGUUUUGGCGUCGAAACUUGAAGCUUAUGAGAGCUUGGUUCUUAGUAAGCCUAUAGUCAUUAAGCUUGUUACUUGUUGCCCGUUGCUUUUGGUUGGUGGCAUUGAUAAUGAGUUUGUUUCUGUGGUCAAUAAGUUGAAGGGAUUAAACAUAGGAUGUGAUUGGCUUGCGCAUUAUUUGUCGGAUAGAAAAACAUAUAACUGGCUUCGGAUUCUUGAGACAAUGGAGAUCCUUGAUAAGGUGGGUGUUAAAGAGGAGAAGUUGAGUAGGCUUUUGAAAGCAUAUCCAGAUUUGGUGGGUGAGGCUUCUGGCAAUAAAGCUUAUAUUAUGUUUGAAAAGUUUCAUAAAGUUGGACUUCAGAUGAAUGAAAUCGAUAAUUUAGUGACAGACAACCCAGAGAUGCUAUUAGAGAAAUCUGUAAAAAGAAUUAUAGAGGCGUUGAAAUUCUUGAAACGUAUCAAAAUGGAAAAGCAGUUUAUCGUUAGGUUUUUACUGUGUUACAUGAAGCUUAUCUGUUCAUCCUCUCUGCUAGGACCUAGAGCUGUUUGGAAUAGAUUGAAAAUCGGAAGAGACCAGUUAUGUCAGAUCAUUAAGGAAGAGCCUUUGAGAUUGUUCAGUUUAGCUUCUAAAACUAAUAAUAGUAGAAUUAAACUUGAUUCACUGGAUUUGAGGAAUGCAGAGAAGACGGCAUUCUUGUUGAAGCUAGGGUAUGUAGAGAAUUCCGAUGAGAUGGUGAGAGCUCUGAAAAAGUUUCAAGGGAGGGGAGAUGAGCUACAGGAGAGAUUUGAUUGCUUUGUGAAGGCUGGUUUGGACUAUAAUGUGGUUAGCCAGCUUGUUAAGCGGGCGCCUCAUAUGCUUAACCGGCCGAAAGGUAUCAUAGAAAAGAAGAUCAAUAUGCUAACAGAUUAUUUGGGUUAUCCAAUUGAAUCCGUGAUAGAGUCCCCAACAUAUUUGUGUUAUAGUAUGGAGAGAAUACAUCAGAGAUUCUCAAUGUACAUUUGGUUGAAAGAAAGAGAUGCAGCAAUGCCGAGGCUGACACUAGGCACUAUAGUCGGUAUUUCCAAUACCCUUUUUGUGUCAUACUUUGUCAAUACCCACCCUGAAGUGAGAUGGAGAGGAUCAGAGAAUAUGUCUAUGCAUAGUGAAGUAUUUCUGCCUUUGAAUUUGAUUGAGCGACAAAUUGGAAAGGCACAGUCCUUCGUUGAUACAAUAUUCUUCUAUUGCUUUCCGAAGCUGGAAAUGCACACUUACCAUAUGAUGCAACUUGAAAUGUUUUCUUUGUUGAAGGAGACAGUUUUGGUCAGACAAGGACCCGGCCUGAUACCGAAGAGAUCAGCUAACGUCUACGUACUUACUGGGACAUACCUGUGACAGUUCUUUUCAGAAUGCAUUAUUACAGGUUGUUUGGAAGAAUGGGUUUUGUCCUUUACUCUUAGCCACCAUUAGUCUAUCUCCUGUAACUAUGUACCAUAUAGCUUUGACAAAUGAUCAUGCUUUUUCCUGACUUUUUGUGGAGUGUCUUUGUCUGUUUAAGUAUCUGAGAGUAUCUUGUAGAUUACCUAAAUAUUAGAUUUUUGUAUUGGAAACAAAAGAUUGCAUAUAGU